CAAUCGUACUUGCACUCGAUGCGCAGUAGCUUCUUGCGAUAUACUUCACCAGCAAUCGUUAAAACAUGUCGGAAAAUGUACCGGUACGUAUGCUCUCUAGUGUUUGCGAAGGGGUCGUAUAAUUACGUGUGUACAAUAAAGAGUGAGCUUAUUCACUAUCUACUCGUGAUUUAGGAUCACAGUGUUACAUGAGUGCGUGUUUACAAUAAAGAAUGUAGAUGAGCUCAUUGUUCAUUCGCUGUCUACUCGUGAUUUCCUUGAUUUGUGUAGUACUGGGGUGACUGGCCGGCGUUUCAGGAUGAGGAUGCAAACAAGGCGUCGGAUGACGAUGCAAAAUUUGCGGCGUUUUUGUUAUUAUUUUUUUUCAUUCCAUUCCUCUUGUGUUGUUGCAAAGCAUGCAAACCAAAGGAAGAGAACAAUGCAGAAAGAAGGGUCAAUGCAUCCACGAGAACGCCAGAUCCAUCCACGGUCAUUCCUAACAAUGACAAUAAUCUUGGUGACAUUGAAGCUGCAGAACCUAGUGGAGAGAACACAAAAAUAUUGCUGGAAAGCCUGACACUGACAGAAAAGAAAAAACUGUUCUCAUUUGUACUAGAGUGCAAGAAAGCAACCAAAAGAGACAUUGGGAUUUGGAGGAAGAAAAACUACAAUUCUGAGAGAAGCGUGUACACCACAGAGGCUCAUCUGGUUGAACGCGAAGAAAACUACCCGCCAGCACCAUCCAGUCAACGCCAACGCCAACCCAAUGACAGUGACAGUCGCCAACGCAAACGAAAACGAAAACGCAAACGCAAACGAAAACGCAAACACAAACACAGUGACAGUGAUAGUCGCAACCCCAACCCCAACACCACAGUGGCUCAUCUGGUUGAACGCGAAGAAAACUCCCCGCCAACACCAUCCAGUCAACGCCAACCCAACGACAGUGACAGUCGCAUCACCAACCUGCCUGCGCCACCCAGCCAACGCAAACACAGUGGCAGUUUCAUAACUGCCAUGAGAAAACUGUCUAGCAAAAAUCAAGAGAUAAGCACCACUUCCUCUGGUCUGUGCUGUCCCAUCUGCUUAGAAGAGAUCCAGGUUGGGGAAGAUGUCUACUAUUCCAAAUCAUGCGAACAGCACCUGUUUCACCUGGAUUGCAUUGUUGGGUGGUUUGGUACGGGAGCAACUUGUUGCCCGUGCUGCAGGGGGGUGAUGGUGACUCCGGGCUUGUUGCGGGACGCGGUGGCAUUAUUGCGCCAAAAAGAAUAGCUAGGCAGACUCUUGUUGAAUGAUUUUUAAGAAAUGAAAAUGGCAUGC